ACCCGGAAGCGGAAAUCGACGAACGUUCUAGUAGCUUGAGGUAUAGGCGGGAGCGGCCGAGUGGCGCGAGGAGCCGUUACCAGAGCCGGAGCUGCCGGUUAAGCCUGAUCAAGAUGACAACCUCCCAAAAGCACCGAGACUUCGUGGCAGAGCCCAUGGGGGAAAAGCCAGUGGGGAGCCUGGCCGGGAUUGGUGAAGUCCUGGGCAAGAAGCUGGAGGAAAGGGGCUUUGACAAGGCUUACGUGGUCCUUGGCCAGUUUCUGGUGCUAAAGAAAGAUGAAGACCUCUUUCGAGAAUGGCUGAAGGAUACAUGUGGUGCCAAUGCCAAGCAGUCCCGAGACUGCUUUGGUUGCCUUCGAGAAUGGUGUGAUGCCUUCUUGUAAUGUUCUCUGGGGACUCCUUAGCCCCCCAGCCACAGCAUAGAGUCUCCAGAGUCUGCAGCAGGGCGGGGCUCCUCCCUGUCCUCCAUGAAGGAAGAUUGCUGUUGUCACCCUCGCCUCCUAUGUACUCCAGGAUCUUUUGGGAGUUCUCUCCCCUCAGCAUUUCAACUUUUCUGGAGUUCUUGCCCUUGCAUGCCUUUCCCGUCCUCCUCCCCCUGCAGUUCCGUGGCAACAGUUACCAGUUUUCCUGAAUGGAUUCCUGGCCCCUUCUCCCUCACUAUCUGUGGAUGCCCUUUGGCUCCUUUCCUGUUUUUGGCAAAAUAGUCACUGUCCUUAUAAAAGAUUUUUAAAUUAAUAAAAUCAGUGGCCUUCA